AUGCAGUUGGAGAUGGUAGAAGCUCAGCGUGCGACGUCUUCUACUGCGAACUGGCACAGGCGGGCCUCUCAAUUUCCUUCUUUCUCUCACGUCGUCGAUGAGAUAUGCGUAAUGAACAUUCGCUCUUGGUUGGCUCACUGUCAAGUAGAUACUGCACAUAGCAAAUGCAGACCAGCGUCCUUUCAUUGGCCGACUUUUCCUGGCGUUCAAUUUCGAGUGAUUGAUGUCUUUCGGCGCUGCAUCACUGUCUGUCCAGAUGGAUGCCAAUACCUUGCAUUAUCGUACGUAUGGGGUGGUGUUGAUCAGCCAAAGCUCAUAUUGGAGGUGUUGGAUAGGCUAAUGCAAGAGGGCGGCCUUGAUGUUAUUUGGACGCGCAUUCCUCAAACGGUCAGAGAUGCAAUCGCAUUCUGCCAGCAAAUUGGGGAGCGAUAUUUAUGGGUUGACGCGCUGUGCAUCAUACAAGACUAUCCCCGGGAUAUGAGGCUAUCAAUUUUGCGUAUGAGACAGGUUUAUGCGGCUGCUAAAUGCACACUUGGUGCGAUCUCUGCUAGCAGUGCUGAGGCGAGUAUACUGAACAACUUCACAACCCACAAAUGGACUUGUCUAACGGUCGAAUCUCUCCAUAAACUGAUCGAAAAGUCACCUUGGAGUCAGCGUGCUUGGUGCUACCAAGAAAAGGUUCUCUCACGCCGCAUGAUCUUCUUCACCACAGACGGACUGUACAUGCAAUGUCAAGCUAUUACAUACAACGGUAUGGGAACGUCCUUAGUUAGCGAGACAGACAGGGCAACCGACACCAGACAGGUAUAA